UAGCGUCAGAAACAGAAUGUCCCCCCUCCUUCUCUCGCCCGUAUCACCAUCCCCCACUCUGUGUAUGUCGAUGUUACCAACGCCGUUGCAAGCUUGAAAUCGCAGGAGCGAAGCAAACCACUGCAGGAACACGCCAACGUUAAAGACAAACAGAAUAUUAAACGCAGAAGAAAUUAAGGACAGGUUUAGAGUAUAUUGGGAAGAAUUACUCAUAUUUACAACUGGAUUAACUGCAUUGAUUGCAUUUCCAUUCCCUACAUUAGCUUUUCCAAGAAUGGCCAGCGGGCACCCCACUGACAAAUUCAGUUUCUUGUACCAACCUGAAAGCUGUCAAAACUUGAAGAGCAAGGGUCGACUGUCUUCCACCAUGAACCCUGUUUACAGUCCCGUUCAGCCAGGGACCCCAUACGGCAACCCCAAGAACAUGGCCUUCACAGGCUAUCCUGGCGGUUAUCCCACCACAGCUCCUACCUACACACCUAACCUUUACCAGACCAGCAGCCCUGGGUACCCUCCAGUGCUGCUGAUGAAGCAGGGCUGGGCACAGACCUCUACAGCAGGGCCCACUGAGGGUUCCUAUGACCUGGCAGUGGACACGGGCUCAGAGAGCAGAUCUUACCAGGCCUCGUCUGCAGCAUUCAGAUACACCACGGGGACUCCGUACAAGGUGCCCCCCACCCAGACCAAUGGAGCCCCCCCACCCUACUCUCCGUCCCCUAACCCCUACCAGACGGCCAUGUACCCAAUCAGAAGUGCCUAUCCCCAGCAGAACCUUUAUGCUCAGGGUGCUUACUACACACAGCCUGUGUAUGCCGCGCAGCCUCAUGUGAUCCACCACACCACGGUGGUCCAGCCCAACAGCAUCCCCUCCGCCAUCUACCCUGCCCCCGUCCCUGCCCCUCGCUCCAACGGCGUGGCCAUGGGCAUGGUGGCUGGAACCACCAUGGCCAUGUCAGCAGGGACUCUGUUGACCACACCUCAGCACACACAGCACAUUGGCACACAUCCAGUCACUGUGCCGACUUACAGGCCCCAAGGAACGCCUGGGUACAGCUAUGUGCCUCCUCACUGGUAAACCCACCUGCCAAUUCAUAUCUGGAGUCAAACAUUGUAUGCAACUUCUCAAGUCUUACAUUGGUGCUGGGUCGUCAACUUUGGGGCACCAAGCCUGUUUGCAAGAACAAAAAAAUACUGCAAGAGUCACUUUUGCAUUCUGUAGUGUUUCUGUAAAUGCUGCUUUUUUAUUUGAUUUGCCUCUGUUCGUUGGGUUGCUUUUGUUUUGACUCUCAGAUACUCCAUACUGACACUGACCUGCAGCAGCAGUAUGGAUCUCUUACAUUAACACUGGUGUAUUCACAAGGCCAGUCUCAGUGCUGGACAUCAUACAUCUUCUUAUGCUGCCAAAUUUUCUAACAAUUAGAUUUUAGUACAGGUUUUUUAUCAUCAUUAAGAUUAUUAUUGUUGUUAUUGUUUCCUUGUUGGCUCCCGGGAAAGGGCUUUGGAUUACAUUACAUAUUUUUCCUUUUUCUUUUUAUUUGCCUUCCAAUUUGGUUUAAAACGAUCAUCUUCUAAUACCGAUAAAAGGGUUGUCUUCCAGCUUGUAGCAGUUCGUUGAGUAGACAUGUUAUUAAUAUAUCCACUGUAUGAGAGUAUAAAUGUGGUAAUCCCUUCUCUAGGAAAACAGUAAUGCAGUAAUCUUAGUUAUACACUCUGUAGAGGAUAUUUAAGUCAGUGGACAUAAUUAGCUUGUGCAUCAAAAAUAUAGUAAGCAAUGUUAAAACUUAGAAUAUUCUGAAGUGUGAGCGUGUGUGUAUGUAUUCAUAUACAGUACAUACACACACACACACACGCAUGCACACAUAGACAACAUGGGGUUUCUUGUUUUGGAUGUUAACCAGAAUUUAGAUGUCCUUGCAAUGCACUUAGCUGGCAGAGCAGGCACUAAUGUGAGCCCAGUGUUAGCCAUGUGCCAACAGAGCCGGGGUGGAGGGGCGAUGAUGUCAUCAUUGGAGUUAUUCAGGAUCUAUCAUGUCAAGGAUUCAAAGGGACUGAGUGUAACUGGGGAAACAAAACGAUUAGAAGUUUAGAAAUGUGUGAUCCUCGACAUGCGUUUGAGAGUUUGAGUGGAAGGGAAUGACAGAGCAGCGAUGUGACCCAGGUCUGAGACCCUGUCUCACCAACAGCCUGCCCCUCCGAUACCAGUUCAGGUGCCAAAGACACGGGGGUACCGUCCAGACCCCUCCUCCCCUACGCUACCUACUCCCACGAUCUCUACUGAUCUCUGAUCAGUGCUCAGCACGUCACACCAAGUGCUUUUUACCUGAUCAGUGGUCUUUGAUCAGCAGGGAACAUGGGUUAAGCAUGCAGCCAAGAUUACCACACUAAUUUUAAAUGAAUGGAUUUUUUUAAAUGGAUGACAUUCAUAACAACAGGUGUGCACAGUACUACAGUUAAUAAUGACAGUAAUAAUGUGUGUUGUACAGACAAUUCCCAUGUGUAUAGUUAAAUAUACAGUGUGAAAGACAGAGCUGUCAUUUGCAAUAAGGAUUGAACUUAAUGUUUACUUGCAGGCCCUUUAUUGUUGUUUGUGAUGUGGUUGUAAUUGUGCUUGUUUUUUAACAGAAUAAAUAGUUACAGCUA